AUGAGCCAGAUUGUGCAGAGCCUCCCUCAGGCGGAGCUCCAGGACCUAGAACUCAACCAUGGUGUUUCUCCGCCGAUUGAAUGCUGUUUCAGACUUUAUCCAAGGCGCAUCCCUCCACGCCUCAUCCAGUCUGUGGUUCUGACCUCACCCAAGUGCACUCUGCAGGCCGUCAUAGUCACCACCACAAGAAACCAAAUGAUUUGUGUGAGUCCAGACACAAUAAGGCUGCCCUUUCCUCGUGGGACCACAGUGACCACAGCUCCAGAGACUUAGACUUCUGUACAGCCCAUAAACGCAGCUGAACUGAGAACAGACUUUCACAGAGUUUGGCUGCAGACCUCCACCAGGAUGCACCUCCCUCAUGUCCCUCCUCAUUUUUCAUUAGUUUACUUGAUAAACAAUUUCAUUACACUUUCUAAAACUCAUUUCAAAUAGUUUAGAGUGAAGCACUUCAAAGACAUUGAAUCACUAAUAGAUUUCAUUUUAAGAUUGAAGUGAACAAGCUCCGUGUGUCUCUGCUCUACUCUGUGUGUGUAGGGAAACAGCUGGAGACUUUGUGUCUGACUAAGAGCACAGACUGCAUGAAAAAGUAAAUCAGGCUCAAAUCUGUCACAGGAAACAGUGCACUUUAGUGGCCUUUUGGCUGCUGUGUUUUAGGGAUCUGCGGGUGUAGGAGAGUCACAUGAGGGUCCUCUGGGUGGAGGUCUGCAGCCAGAUCCAUCUCUAGACCUCUAUAUGCAGUCUAUUGGUCUGACUGAGGGAAAAAAAAUCUACCACAUGUGCCUGAUGAUUCCUGCUGAUCUGUGAAAUGUAUUUUUAUUUUUGGAUAAACAUAAUGAUGUCUAAUCACCUUGAGAGCAUCUUAAAUAAAGCAAACUUCACUACAA